AUGAAGUUUGGCAAGGAAAUUGCUGCACAAAUGGUGCCAGAAUGGCAGCUAGCAUACAUGGAUUAUGGCUACCUUAAAUCCAUCUUGAAAGACAUCAUACUUGACAAGCAAAGAAACAGGCCUCAUUCCAGUGCCACCCCAUCGGGUCUAAAACGAAAGUUAUCACUCUACAGAACGUUCAGUGGCCUCACGCAGAGGCACUACCAGCCCUUGAGCCCUGAGCAGGACAUUGAGAACCAACCCAUUUUGGUGCACUCAGUGCUGCGAGAUGGUCAUGAAAAAUAUGAAACUACCUUUCUUAUGGCCGCAGAAGAAGGUGGAGAGUACGAGUUGGUGUAUUUUAGGAGGCUUGACGAUGAGUUCAACAAAGUGGUGAAGUUCUAUAGGUCCAAAGUGGAAGAAGUAAUGAAGGAAGCUGCUGAGUUAAACAAGCAAAUGGAUGCUUUAGUAGCUUUCAGGGUAAAAGUUGAGAAUCCAACUGAGUCCUUUGAUUGCUCAGUUGAGAUGACUCGUCUGGCUUCUGAUGUGUCAGCUUCAACCACAGCAUUGCAUGCUAAUACACCCAGGGGGGUCCAGCUGAACCGAAGGAUUUCCACUGUAAUUGAAGAUAUCAAAGAGGAAGGAAGUACCCAUCAUGGACAUUUAGAGGAGUUUGGCAAUGAUGACAAAGGUAAAGAGAUUGAAACUACCAACAAAAAUAUUGUACAGAAGAAGAAUAUCAGACCUAUCAAACCCAUCAAACCUGCUUCUGUGGAAAUACUUAAUCGAGUGCAGCUAAAUAACACAAAUGAGACUCCUCGUUCAACUAUAAGAGGCUUCAUCAACUAUCCUGGCCAAGCAGAGUUAAAUUUCACCAAGGAAAAUUUGAGCAAAGUUGAAGAAACACUCAAAAAGGCUCUUGUUGAUUUCUAUCACAAGCUUCGCCUUCUGAAGAACUACACAUUUCUAAAUGUGCUGGCAUUUUCAAAGAUAAUGAAGAAAUAUGAUAAAAUCACAUCAAGAGGGGCAGCAAAAGCUUACAUGAAAAUGGUUGAUAAGUCCUGCCUUGGGAGCUCUGAUGAGGUCACCAGGCUUAUGGAGAGGGUGGAAAAUGUAUUCAUUAAGCACUUUUCCAACUCAAAUCGAAAUAAAGGAAUGAGCAUCCUGCGACCUAAACCAAAGAGAGAAAGACAUAGGAUUACAUUUUUCAUGGGUUUUUCUGCCGGAUGCACUGCUGCUCUAACAGUGGCUCUUAUUCUAAUUGUCCGUACCCGAAAAAUCAUGGACCAUUCAGGAAGUAGUAAAUACAUGGAAAUCAUGUUUCCUCUUUACAGUUUAUUUGGAUUUGUAGUGUUACACAUGCUGAUGUAUGCUGCUAAUAUAUACUUCUGGAGGCGAUACAGAGUGAACCACUCUUUCAUAUUUGGUUUUAAGCAAGGCACUGAUCUAGGCUACCAUCAAGUCCUUCUCCUUAGUUUUAGCCUGGCAGCAUUGGCACUAACCAGCGUGCUUGCAAAUCUAGACAUGCAAAUAGAUCCUGAGACAAAAGAUUACAAAUCAUUCACUGAACUUUUGCCCCUUAUCUUGGUUCUAAUUGUGAUUGCCAUUUUAAUAUGCCCAUUUAACAUCGUAUAUCGAUCAAGCCGAGUGUUCUUCCUUACAUGUCUGCUUCACUGCAUCUGUGCUCCUCUAUACAAGGUCACACUGCCAGAUUUCUUCAUGGCCGAUCAGUUUACAAGCCAGGUUCAAGCCUUGAGAAGUUUUGAGUUCUACAUAUGCUACUAUGGUUGGGGUGACUUUACACACAGAGAAACAACUUGCAAAUCAUCCAAUGUAUUCAUAGUUUUCUCAUUCAUUGUCGCUGUGAUUCCCUACUGGUCUCGCUUUCUUCAGUGCCUGAGGCGCCUGUACGAGGAGAAAGAUAUGAUGCAAGGAUAUAACGGGUUGAAGUGUUUCCUCACUAUUGCAGCUGUUUGCCUAAGGACAGCUUGUACUCUUGAUGAUGGAAUGGGAUUGAAAGUAAUGGCCUGGAUAUUCUCAAUAUCUACAGCCAUUUUCUCCACAUAUUGGGACCUUGUCAAAGAUUGGGGCCUCCUCCAAAGACAUUCCAAGAACCGAUGGCUCAGAGACAAACUCCUACUCCCUCAGAAAAGUGUAUAUUACGCAGCUAUGGUGCUGAAUGUGUUGUUAAGGUUUGCAUGGUUACAGACAAUAUUGAAUUUCAAUUUCUCCUUCUUGCAUAGACAAGCCAUGAUCAGCAUUGUUGCCAGCUUAGAGAUCAUUCGUCGUGGCAUAUGGAACUUCUUUAGGGUGGAGAAUGAGCAUUUGAACAAUGUUGGCAAGUACCGUGCAUUCAAGUCUGUGCCUCUGCCCUUCAACUACGAGGAUGAUGAUGAAGAUAAGAAUGAGUGA